AUGUCCGACGCAGACUCAGAGAUCCCGUCGCUCCCCUCGAAGCGCGUUCCCUACGUGCCCCUCGGCAAGUCCGGGCUCAAGGUUUCGCGGAUCAUAUUGGGGUGCAUGACGUACGGCGCGCCCGAGUGGGCUGGCUGGCUGCUCCCCGAGGCGGAGGCGAUCAAGCAUAUCAAUGAGAGUCCUAUCUCGGCUGGGGAAUGGUCACGCUUCGAAUACUACGCGCAGUUCAUACGCGUUCUCCACGCCGGCCUCGCAGAGUCGGACCAAAUACAUCCCACCACUUUCUUCUACCUCCAUCAGCACGCUCGUGGCAAGCCGCUCUUUCCUAAUAUACGCGAACUGUCCUGGGGCAACGUCACCCAUGACCUCGCACCGAUCAUCUCACCGACUAUCCGUAUCCUCCGAAUUCCAGACAGCGGGCUCUGCAUGUUUGAGUUUGACAACUCGCGCGAGUCCUGCAUGCAGCGCCAUGCCUUCAAGACACAGCUCCCUAGCAUUCUGCGCUGCCUUCCAGACCUUCAGGUGCUCCAGCUGCAACGGCUCGGCCAUGAGGGCUUCUGGCAUCCAUUCGCGCCGCCUCCCGAACACCGUUUCGUCGCCAAAAAUAUUCGCAAUCUGUACAUCACAGAGACGUAUGACACCCUGAUGAAGGGCGCCCUUGCGGUCGUGUCCACGAUCCAGGGGCUGACGGACCUGAAGAUCGACGUCGCGCUCUCAGGUCAGUCGGCCGACAUGGAGGACCUCGAUAGCUGGGACAAGACGCAUAUCCGCACGUUCAAGAAGCUGCGCCACUUGCAGAUUGAGGCGGGCAUGGCUCAGGCAGCAAUCCUCAUCGACGCUAUUGUCGCACCUAACCUCGAAGACGUAGAGCUGGCGCGCGACUGGGAGAGUGACCCUUGCAAGGUGCCCUCUCAGCUCACCAAGGCCUUGGAGACCCUGGGCACCCGGAACGCAUCCACUGUACGGAGGCACCUCCGGGACCUCAACAUCUCCCUCGACCCUGGCUUGCGCAGGGAGGACAUAGACGUACCACUCCUCUCGAUGAUGGAGGCGUGGCCUGCGCUCGAAAGGCUCGCCGUGUCGGUGGCCAUCCUCACGCCCGACAUACUUCGAGCGAUUGCGCGUGGCACGCUUCCCAAGUUGGAGAGCCUGGACGCCAAGUGCCUGUCCAAAGACUUCCUUGAGGGUCUGCCGAGCUCCGACUCGCUGUUGCCCCACUCGGGCCCGCGGGGCUCUGAUAGCGACGCACUUUCAGGCCCAAAACACGGGCUUCUGCAGCUGCAUCUCCUCAAAUGCACCAGGGCAGCGCAUCCCGCGGACGUCGCCAAGAUUGCGCGCUUUGUCGUCGCGCUCUUCCCGCGUCUUGAUUUCGAUCGGUGCGUCGGGAUCCAGUGCUGGCCAUUUGAUACCUCAGAGGCGGAGAUGUGGGAUAAUUGGCAUGGCAUUAUGCAGGAGGUCAGAAAGCUGCAGGCCGAGCGGCCGAGCGACCUGGUGAACAUGUGGACCGACGAAUUACUGCGAGCCUGUCAGCUUCGCCUCGCCUUCCAGGCGAACGACUCAGACUUCAGCGCUUCAGCGCUCAGCCUGAACGACCGGGGCGCGCGGUGCUCGUCAAACCUGAACAGUUCUCGUGGAGCCAUACAACGUGCCAGCUUCAGCGGGACAUCGGUGCAGUCGGGGAUGCUACAGAGCGAGCGGUACAGUGCACUGGCAACUAGGAGGUGGGCACUGCGCAGUUCGCCUUCGAAGCUUCUCUGGCAGACCAGCAGAUCAUCGUGCUGUACUGCGUACCGCGAGCCAGUGCCUGGUAUGCGCAACGUGAAGCCCGCCGACGCAGUCCUGCAGCCUGAGCGUCCACGGGAAUGGUGUCGGCGCGGCGAAAGAGUGGCGGGGCCCGCGAAGGAGAGGGGCGUGAGCAUGGCAGGUCGCGAUCGCGUGGGCGUUGUCGAAGGACGGCGCGUGUCAUUGCCUGUCCUGUCCGAGUCGUCCUGCAUCCAGAAAGCGGCCGCCUCCUGCGUAAACCACGCGCACACCCUCGUGUCUGGAAUGUCGCUCCCCGAAUACGUGCGAUCCGCGUCGGUGACGUCGACCCAUUGCCGCACUGAUGGUCGGCACGACAAGGCUUGCAACUUGAAACCUGAGGGACACAUGUACCUGCUCACUGGUAUCUUACGAGACGGCACCCUGCGCUCAUUGCCUGUGCCCCUCGAGUUGACGGAAGACGAGAUCAAGUAUUUUGAAGAGCCGUGCAGGCUCAGGCUUGACUCGGGCCCAGUCGGUGCCGCUACCCGCACUAUCCGCACGGAUCCGUUGGACGUUGCGCUGCGCAUACACUCGACACUGCUCACCGUUGUAGCUAAGGACUCGACGAAGAUGACCGCCGACGAACACCGCGAUGCCCAUCUCCUCAGCCUCCGCCUCGCCCUAGGGUCCAUCGUCGCUCCUAAACGCCCCGCCUACGCACGCUCCCUCUCCAGCACCGCAUCCGGCACCUCCGGCACCGCCACGCCCGCCUCCUCCCCCUCCCACUCCCACUCCCACCCACAUCACCCCCACCCGCCCACACGCCGCCCCGCCUCCUCCCUCUCCUCCUCCCCAUCCUCAUCCGCCCCCGCAAGCCCCGACCUCCCAGCGCUCCCGCUGCCCGUCCCCGUCUCCGUCGCCGAGCCCGUCCCCGUCCCCGCCCCCGCGGAGGCUGCGAAGGCCGGCGGCGCGGCCAACUUGAAGACGCGCGUCGGCCUCGUCGGGACGCUGCAGAGCAAGACGGGGGCGGGUGGUGGCAGUAGUAACGUCUCCGAGCCCGCCGCGCGCGGCCGACUCGGCGCGGGCCAGCCCGUCCCGGCUUUGGCGGGCUUCAUGGGCCUCAAGGGCAUGGGGCGCGCGACGGUCGGCAUGUUCAGCAGGCCCGCGAACGUGCCGAGGUUCGGUGAGCGCGGGCUGCUGGGCGCACGAUGA